AUGCAGCGCCUUAUCAACAAAUCUACAGCCAUACGGCCCAGGGUUAUAUUCUCAGGGAUCCAGCCUACUGGCAUACCGCACCUGGGCAACUAUGUCGGCGCCUUACGGCAAUGGGUGCAGCUGCAACACCAUGAGCACAAGGAUACAAAGCUGAUAUAUUCCAUUGUCGACCUCCAUGCUAUUACCACGCCCCAAUCGCCGGAAAAAUUGAAGCGGUGGAAGAGAGAAAGCCUCGCCGCGCUUUUGGCAAUAGGAAUUGAUCCAGAGCGGUCCAUUCUCUUCUACCAGUCGUCCGUACCUGCUCAUUCAGAGCUCAUGUGGAUCCUAGCCUGUACAGCGUCUGUUGGAUAUCUCUCCCGGAUGACGCAAUGGAAGCAAAAACUCAACCUUGCACCAAAUUCACACAUGGAAGACCGGCCGGCUGAAAGCCGAUUGAAGCUUGGGCUUUUCUCCUAUCCAGUCCUCCAAGCUGCUGAUAUACUCGUCCAUAGAGCCACCCAUGUUCCCGUUGGACAUGAUCAGCAACAACACCUCGAAUUCGCCCGGGAGUGUGUCACUAAUUUUAACCACGCAUAUGGGGAAUGUCUAGUUCAGCCGAAAACUAUUACUCCCCCGGUGCAUCGAGUCAUGUCCCUCUCAGACCCAACAUCGAAGAUGUCCAAGUCACACAAACUGGCUCGUUCACGAAUUCUGAUCACCGAUACCGCUGAUGAGAUUAGACUCAAAAUUUCCUCCGCCCUGACUGACUCCGUUCAUGGAAUAUCCUAUGACCACGCUCUAAGGCCGGGUAUAUCAAAUCUUCUGAGCCUCUUCUCUAUAUUCGACGCGGAGAAACGAAGCCCUGAGCAGCUUGCACAGGCAUACAGUGAUACUCAUCCUCGCUUGUUCAAGGAUAUGGUAUCCGAUGCGGUCAUUCUUGGACUGCAGGGCAUUCGGACUCGGUAUAUCGAGCUUAUUGACAGCGAUACCCAUUAUUUGGAUCAUGUGGCGGCUGACGGUGCGCGAAAAGCAUUGCAAAGUGCGGAAGAAACAAUGGGCAUGGUGAGAACAGCUGUGGGACUGUGA